CAUAUGCUGUGGGUGCGGCCCUAAAAAGUCAAGCCGAGAAGCGGGUGGCUGAAGCCAUACCAUUUUAUAGAAUUAAUGGAGAGCAGACAAGAUAUCACGAACCAAGAAGAACUUUGGAAAAUGAAGCCCAGGAAAAAUCUAGAAGACGAUUAUUUGAAUGAGGACUCAAGAGAGAACAGCAUGCCAAAAAGACCUAUGCUUGUGCACUUGCACCAAACAGCUCAUUUUGAUGAAUUUGAUUGCCCUCCAGAGCUUCAGCACAAACAGGAACUCUUUCCAAAGUGGCAUUUGCCAAUUAAAAUCGCUGCUAUCGUGUCAUCUCUGACUUUUCUUUACACUCUCCUGAGGGAAGUAAUUCACCCUUUUGUAACUUCCCAUCAACAAUAUUUUUACAAAAUUCCAAUUCUGGUCAUCAACAAAGUCUUGCCAAUGGUUUCCAUCACCCUCUUGGCGCUGGUUUAUCUGCCAGGUGUGAUAGCAGCCAUUGUGCAGCUUCAUAAUGGAACCAAGUAUAAGAAAUUUCCACAUUGGCUGGACAGGUGGAUGGUAACCAGAAAGCAGUUUGGGCUUCUCAGUUUCUUUUUUGCUGUGUUGCAUGCAGUGUACAGUUUAUCCUAUCCAAUGAGGCGAUCCUACAGAUACAAGUUGCUAAACUGGGCGUAUCAACAGGUCCAACAAAAUAAAGAAGAUGCCUGGAUUGAGCAUGAUGUUUGGAGAAUGGAAAUUUACGUAUCUCUGGGAAUUGUGACACUUGCAAUCCUGGCUCUACUGGCUGUGACAUCGAUUCCAUCUGUGAGCGACUCUUUGACAUGGAGAGAAUUUCACUAUAUUCAGAGCACACUAGGAAUUGUUUCCCUUCUGCUGGGCACAAUACAUGCAUUGAUUUUUGCCUGGAAUAAAUGGGUAGAUAUAAAGCAAUUUAUAUGGUAUACACCUCCAACUUUUAUGAUCGCUGUUUUCCUUCCGACUGUUGUCCUGAUUUGCAAAGUCAUACUACUCCUGCCGUGCUUGAGAAGGAAGAUCCUGAAGAUUAGACACGGUUGGGAAGAUGUCACCAAAAUUAAUAAAACUGAGAUGUCAUCCCAGUUGUAGAAUUGCUGUUUAUGCACAUUUUUGUCCAAUAUUGACAUAUUUUUAUCAUAAGCAUUUCAACUUUGUAUUUGCUUAAUAAAAUGACAAUUUGAGGAUCUAAA